AUGACACCAAGAAAUAUUGUUGUGUUACUUUUUAUUAUUUUUCAUAUUUUUGCCAACAGCGAGAGUUCUAUAGUUAAACUCAAUAAUGGGGGAUAUGAAGAUAUAGUUAUCGCCAUCAAUCCUAAUGUCAAGGAAGAUCUCCAGAUCAUUGAGAAUAUUAAGGAUAUGGUAAAAGAAGCCACAAGUUUUCUAUUUGAUGCCACGGGCAAAAGGCUCUUCAUACGAAAUGCCAAGAUUUUAAUUCCCGUUUCCUGGUCUGCAAAAAAUUAUUCGAGACCCAAAACAGAAACAUAUGAUAAGGCAGAUAUAAUCAUCUCUGAUCCCACCAUGAAGUACGCAGAUGAUCCCUAUACACAACAGUAUGGAGGCUGUGGUGACCCAGGUCAAUACAUUCACCUCACCCCAAAUUUCAUGACUGACGACACCCUCAUCUCAGUGUACGGCCCCCGAGGCAGAGUGUUUGUUCAUGAAUGGGCUCAUCUCCGAUGGGGAGUUUUUGAUGAAUACAGUUUGGAUAAUCCUUUCUACAUUGGCGGGAAUCUUAAAGUGGAGGCUACAAGGUGCUCUGCUGAUAUUUAUGGAGAGUACAAAAUUCAGAAAUGUGAAGGAACGUCCUGUAGGGUUACCACGUGUAAUUAUGACCCGAUCACUGGACUCUACGAAAAAGGUUGUGUUUAUAUACCUGAUCAGAGACAGUUUGCCAAAGAGUCCUUAAUGUACAUGCAGGCUCUCCCCGAAGUCACUAAGUUCUGUGAUGAAAGUAACCAUAACCCCGAGGCUCCAAACAUGCAAAAUAGAAUGUGCAAUUCCCGAAGUAUUUGGGACGUGAUCAUGACCUCCAAUGACACCAAGGACACGCCACCGAAUCCCGGACUCACUAUUCCGGUCCCCACCUUCACAGUUUUGCAGUUUUCAGAACGAGUGGUGACUUUAGUGCUGGAUACAUCUGGAAGCAUGAGUAAUUUUAACCGUAUUCAGCGUUUGUACCAGGCUGCAGAGGUUUUUCUUAUACAAAUCAUUGAGACUGGUUCUUUUGCCGGAAUGGUGACGUUUUCAAACUCAGCAAUUAUAAAAUCCAAUUUAAUCCAAAUAAAAAGUGAUGUAGAACGUCAGCAGCUAAAAGGACUCCUUCCCACUGUAGGAAACGGAGGAACAAAUAUAUGUUCUGGACUUCUGGCUGGUAUUCAGGUAAAUAACAGACGGUCGGGUUCAUCUAAUGGAACAGAAGUCGUGUUACUAUCAGACGGAGAGGAUAACUAUGAUACUCGCCUUUGUUUCCCACAAAUUAUAGAAAGCGGGGUCAUAGUUCAUGUCAUAUUCCUCGGAUCUGCUGAAGAGCCAAGACUUAAAGAAAUUGUACAAACUACAGGUGGAACCGUAUAUUUAGCCACAGAUAAUACUAAUCUGAACGCACAAGGUUUAAUCGAUGCCUUUAGCGCAAUUUCGGCCAGUGAUGGAGACAUUACCAAACAGUCUAUACAGCUGGAAAGCACUGCCUCAAGUCUUCUACCAUCUAAAUGUUUGGACGGUGCCGUUUACAUUGAUAGAACAGUGGGGAACGACACUUUUUUUCUAGUUACCUGGCAAACUGGAGUACCAAAUAUUAACUUGGAAAGUCCAAGUGGGAUUACAUAUACUGCUGCAAACUUUGUCAGUGACAAUACUGCUAAGUCCUCAAGGCUUGCUCUCCCAGGAACAGCAGAGAUCGGACCCUGGAAUUACAGCCUAUGUAAUUCUCGUAAUUCAGCUGAAGUUCUAGGUUUAGUCGUGAAUUCUAAGGCUUCAGAUGUAAAAGUUUCACCAAUUGUUGUAAAUGCCCAUAUGAACCAAGAUGUAAACCAGUAUCCCAACCCUAUGGUCAUCUACGCCUCAGUGAGUCAAGGACUGAUGCCGGUCACUGGAGCAAAGGUCACGGCAAUAAUUGAACCUGUCACUGGACCAAUAGUCACCCUAGAGCUUAUGGACAAUGGGGCAGGCCCUGAUAUCAUAAAGAACGAUGGCGUCUAUUCAAAAUACUUCAUACAGUUCUCAGCCAAUGGAAGAUACAGCUUAAAAGUUCGAGUUGAAAACAAUAUAAAGGGUAAAAGUCGCUUGGCCCUCCCCAAGAACCGUGCGCUCUAUGUCCCAGGAUUUAUUGUAAAUGGUACUAUAGUCAUGAACCCUCCACGCCCUGAAAUUUCCGAUGACGACCUUAAUGUUGGAGAAUUCAGCAGGACAGCCUCCGGAGGUUCUUUUCUGGUAUCUAAUGUGCCAUCAGGUCCUCAACCAGAUAUCUAUAAACCUGAUAAAAUAAAUGAUUUGGAGGCAACCAUUGUAGAUGAUACAAUUGUGUUGUCUUGGACAGCGACUGGUGAUGAUCUGGACCAAGGAAAUGUCACAAGCUACGACUUAAGGAUGAACCUCAACCCCAGUGACCUCAGAACCAACUUUAAUGGAUCCACAUCGAUCAACAUUUCUUCUCUGAAUCCCCUCCCGUCCGGAUCCAGAGAAACAUUCUCAUUUGUGCCAGAAAAUAUUGUUAUCAAGAACGGCACUAUUCUUUACUUCGCUUUAGUUGCUACUGAUAAAGCCGCUCAACGUUCUGAAGUGUCAAACAUUGCUCAGGCCGCUCUGGUCAUCCCACCAACACCGGCUCCAACAACGAUAACCACCACGACAGAAUCAUCUACAACAGUUACUAGACCCAGAACUGACCCCCCUGCUGGUGACAACUCUGAUAAACUGAAUAUAACAGAAAUUACACUGAUCGUAUGUGGAGCCGUAGUUCUCAUCUGUAUUAUUAUAAGUAUCACCAUCUGUAUUGUACAUGUACACUGUACAAAGAAGAACAGUAAUCCACAAGUGAGGGUGUGA